AUGGCCUUCCGAGACUCUCCAACUCCGCCGCGCGAAAACGGCGGCUGCGCCCCUGGCCCGCGGGGUGUACAUACACCCCAACUUCCGGGGGGUGUACAUACACCCCAACUGCCCCCCCAAACCUCCUGCAAAGUUGCUGCUGCUGAUGAAGAAGAGCUGCUGCAGUUCAUUCAGAAAGAGGGAAUUAAAGAAGUGGAUUGCUGCUUCGCAGACCCCCUUGGCCAGUGGCACCACUGCUCCUUCCACCCCAGCAUGAUAACUCGCGAGUCGCUGACUCAUGGCUUUCCUUUUGACGGCUCUUCUAUUCGGCUUUUGGCGAACAUCGAAAAAAGCGACAUGUUCAUGAAACCCGACCCUAAAAGCGGGUUUCUAGACCCUUUUUUAGGGGAUAAAGUUCUCCACUUGACUUGUUUUCUUUUGAAUGCAAAUGGCUCUCCUUGCUGCCGCUGCCCCCGCACCAUUGCAGCAAAGUGCGAGCAGUAUGUGCAGCAGCUCGGCUUCGCGGACAAGGCGUGCAUCGGGUUCGAAGCGGAGUUUUUCAUUUUCGAAAAUGUUCAGUUUUGCGUCAAAGGGAAUAAAGUGGGCUACCACGUGGACUGCAAAGAAGAGGCUUACUGGAACUCCGACGUGGCGUUUCUGGGCCGCGGAAACCUGGCGCACCGCAGCCUCGCGGGCUGCGGCUACUGCCCCGUGCUGCCCGCAGACAGGAGGCACUGGCUGCGCUCCUGCAUGCUUGCAUGCAUGCAAAGUUUGGGGCUUUUUGCGGAGAAGCACCACCACGAAGUGGGGGCCUGCCAGCACGAGCUGGGGCUGCGGUUUGCUGCUCUUGCUGCAGCAGCAGACGCAUGCAUGCUGCACAAGUACGUGGUGAAGAACACGGCGCAUGCAUUCGGUGUCUCUGCAACUUUUCUCCCCAAACCCUUGCCAAAAGCCCCGGGUUCUGGCCUCCACGUGCAUUUGUCUUUGUGGAAAAACAACCGAAACAUCUUCGCCAAGGCUCCCGCGAAGCCGCCUGCUGCUGCUGCUGCUGCUGCUGCUGCUGCUGCAGCAGCGGCGGGCGAGCGCGCGCCCGCGCCCGAGGGCGACAAACGCGAGGCCGAGACGCGGCAGCCUGCUGCUGCGGCGGCGGGCGGCGAGGGCGCAGCAGCAGCAGCAGCAGCAGCAGCAGCAGCAGCAGCAGACUCGCUCAGCGAGGAAGCCAAACAAGCAGCAGCAGGAAUUCUGCUGCAUGCAAAGGCCUUGGCGGCCUUUACAAAUCCUUCUACGAAUUCUUACAAAAGACUUGUCCCCGGAUUCGAAGCCCCCACUUCCCUCACCUUCUCUCCUGCGAACAGAAGCGCGGCGAUCCGCGUGCCCGUGUGCCCGGGGGGCGGCAGCGAGAGCGCGCGGCUGGAGUUCAGGUGUCCAGACAGCUCGAGCUGCUCGUACUUGUGCUUUUCGGCCAUCGUUUUGGCGGCAAUUGACGGAAUUAAAAGACAAUUGAGGCCUCCGGAGACUCCAGAAUGGGAUUCCUUUCGAGUGGAGACGCAAAAUGGUACUUUUAAAGACAAAAAUCUCCCGAAAAGUCUCAACGAAGCCCUCGACGCCCUCGAGCAAGACCACCAGUUCCUCCUCCAGGGCGGAGUCUUCACGGAAGUGAGUUUCGCCUUUUGA